AAUUUGGCCUUCUCUACAUCCUCCCACCAUUUUAUUAGUUUUGUUUGUUCUUCCAAUUAAAACAACACCACCCUUAAACCUCAAAGUGCUAGCUCUCUCGUUACAUACAUAUUCUUACCUUAUCUUCCUAUCUUAGCUUCUAUCUUUAGCUUUCUCUCUCCUUUUAUUGCUUCAUUUAUGUCUUGCUUAUAUAUGUUACUCUUUCUAUGAUAUCUUUUUCACUAUAUUGUUGUUGAUAAAUACAUUUGUUAUCCUCGAAAAUUCGCCUCGAAGAAUUGAGGUAGCUAUAUUUGCUUCAAUGCAUGGUUUUUGUUCAUAAGCUUCCAAAUAAAAAAUAUAAGUCUUGUGUUUUUGUUAUAUGAGCUUGAUUAUUGGUUGAAUUGAGAGAGUUUGAAGAGAUAAGAGAGGUUGUAAGAUAUGGCUCCAAAGGCUAGUAAGGGUAAGCAAAAUAAAGCUAAAGGAGAAAAGAAGAAGAAGGAGGAAAAAGUUUUACCGAUCGUAAUUGAAGUAACAGUUGACAUUCCAAAUGACAGUCGAGUUACCCUCAAGGGGAUAUCUACUGAUAAGAUUUUGGAUGUGCGAAAGCUGUUAGCUGUGAAUGUUGAGACAUGUCAUUUAACCAAUUAUUCCCUAUCUCACGAGUUGAGGGGACCCAAGCUCAAAGAUACGGUGGAAAUUGUUUCUCUGAAGCCCUGUCAUCUCACCAUCACCGAAGAGGAUUAUACGGAAAACGACGCCGUUGUACAUGUCAGACGGCUACUGGAUAUCGUGGCAUGCACCACAGCAUUUGGGCCGAAAUUGGGCCGAAAAGAGAAAGAAGGCGGCCCAAAAAGCGAGGUUGAACCGGACAAUGAGAAGAAAGAUGAUACGGCGGCGGCCGGAGAGGUGAACAUGUGUCCGCCGCCGCGGUUGGGCCAGUUUUACGAUUUCUUCUCUUUCUCUAAUCUCACUCCUCCUAUUCAAUAUAUUAGGAGAUCUAAUCGCCCGUUCCUUGAGGACAAAACAGAAGACGAUAAUUUUCAAAUUGAUGUCCGCGUUUGUAGUGGAAAACCUAUGACAAUUGUGGCUUCUCGACAAGGAUUCUAUCCUUCAGGGCGACGACACCUUAGCUGUCACUCAAUGGUUGGCCUAUUGCAGCAAAUAAGUCGUGUUUUUGAUGCGGCAUACAAGGCUCUUAUGAAAGCUUUUAUGGAACAUAACAAGUUUGGAAACCUACCUUAUGGUUUUCACGCAAAUACAUGGGUUGUCCCUCCAGUGGUUGCUGAUAACCCUUCUAUUUUCCCACCUCUUCCUGUGGAAGAUGAAAACUGGGGAGGGAAUGGAGGUGGCCAAGGAAGAGACGGGAAGCAUGACCACAGAAAAUGGGCGAAAGAGUUUGCAAUCUUGGCAGAAAUGCCUUGCAAAACAGCAGAGGAAAGGCAAAUACGAGACAGGAAAGCAUUUCUCCUCCAUAGUUUAUUUGUCGACAUUUCAGUCUUUAAAGCUGUUGCUGCUAUUAAGAAUAUCAUCCAAAGCAAUCCCACCAUUCCUGUUGAUGUACAUGAGGAACAAAUCGGAGAUUUGCUAAUUACGAUUUCAAAAGAUGUACCUGAUGCUAGUACAAAAUUAGACUGCAAGAAUGAUGGUAGCCGAGUUCUUGGACUGCCCCAAGAAGAGCUUGCCCGGAGAAAUUUAAUCAAAGGAAUAACUGCAGAUGAGAGUGCUACUGUUCAUGACACUCCUACACUAGCUGUUGUGGUUGUUAGACAUUGUGGCUACACAGCUGUUGUGAAAGUUUCUUCUGAGGUAAAUUGGGAGGGAAAACCUAUUCUCCAAGACAUUGAGAUAGAGGACCAACCUGAAGGUGGUGCCAAUGCUUUGAAUGUAAAUAGUUUGAGAAUGCUGUUGCAUAAGCCACUAUCACCAUCAUCUACUUCUCCUCAGCGAUCACAAAGUACCGACCAAGAAGAACUGCGUUCUGGUAGGUCUUUGGUCAGAAAAGUGAUGGCUGAGAGUAUAUCAAAGUUAGAGGCAGAAAGUACUAAAACUGUGAAGCCAAUAAGAUGGGAGCUUGGUGCUUGUUGGGUGCAGCAUUUACAAAAUCAGGCGUCAGGAAAAGCAGAGUCCAAGAAGACUGAGGAGGCUAAGGUUGAGCCAGCUGUAAAGGGUCUUGGAAAGCAAGGGGUACUAUUGAAGGAAAUUAAAAAGAGAAUUGAUGAAAAGCACAACAAAAAUGAGCACGGUAAAGAAGUUGCUACAGAAAAUGGACUAGACAUGAGCAAGAAAUCAGAUGGAUCUGAUCCGAAGGAGCUGGAGAAACUUGCUGCGGAAAGAGAAAGCCUGUGGAAAAAAUUAAUUUCAGAGGCAGCAUAUUUACGUUUGAAAGAAUCAGAGACUGGUCUUCAUAUGAAGGCACCUGAUGAACUUAUUGAAAUGGCACAUAAAUACUAUGCUGAUACAGCCCUUCCGAAACUGGUGGCAGAUUUUGCCUCUCUGGAAUUAUCUCCGGUUGAUGGAAGGACACUAACUGAUUUUAUGCAUACAAGGGGCUUGAAGAUGUGUUCUCUAGGACGAGUGGUUGAACUUGCGGACAAACUUCCACAUGUACAGUCUCUGUGUGUGCAUGAAAUGAUUGUUCGAGCCUAUAAACAUGUAUUGCAAGCUGUUGUUGCGGCAGUUAAUGAUGCUGCUGAAUUGUCAAGUGCAGUAGCAGCAUGCUUAAAUGUAUUGCUUGGAUCACCAUGUUCUGAGAGUGCUGACGAAGAAAUUGUCAAUGAUGAUAACCUGAAACAGAAAUGGGUGGAAACAUUUCUUUUGAAGAGGUUUGGUUGGCAGUGGAAACAGGAAACCUGUCAAGAUCUUAGAAAGUUUGCCAUCCUCCGUGGGCUUAGCCACAAGGUUGGACUUGAGCUUGUUCCAAGAGACUAUGAAGUGGACACCAGCUGCCCAUUUAGGAAGUCAGACAUCAUAAGCAUGAUUCCUGUAUAUAAGCAUGUCGCUUGUUCUUCUGCUGAUGGGCGUACACUGCUAGAGUCAUCAAAAACUUCCUUGGACAAAGGCAAAUUGGAAGAUGCUGUCAACUAUGGGACUAAGGCACUCUCCAAGCUCGUUUCAGUUUGUGGUCCUUAUCAUCGCAUGACUGCCGGAGCAUAUAGUCUUUUAGCGGUUGUGCUCUACCAUACCGGAGAUUUCAAUCAGGCUACAAUUUACCAGCAAAAAGCAUUGGACAUCAAUGAAAGAGAGCUUGGACUUGAUCAUCCUGACACAAUGAAGAGUUAUGGAGAUUUAGCUGUGUUCUACUACCGUCUUCAGCAUACAGAACUAGCCCUAAAAUAUGUCAAUCGUGCACUAUAUCUGUUGCAUCUAACCUGUGGUCCUUCACAUCCAAACACUGCUGCCACAUAUAUUAAUGUGGCAAUGAUGGAAGAAGGUUUGGGGAAUGUUCAUGUUGCAUUGAGAUAUCUUCAUGAGGCUCUAAAGUGUAACCAGAGACUUCUUGGAGCUGAUCAUAUCCAGACUGCAGCGAGUUAUCAUGCCAUUGCUAUUGCUCUUUCUUUGAUGGAGGCUUACUCCUUAAGUGUUCAGCAUGAGCAGACCACUCUACAAAUUCUGCAGGCAAAACUUGGAUCAGAAGACCUACGAACUCAGGAUGCGGCUGCAUGGCUUGAAUAUUUUGAAUCCAAGGCGCUAGAGCAGCAAGAAGCUGCUCGUAAUGGCACCCCAAAGCCUGAUGCCUCCAUUUCUAGCAAAGGCCACCUGAGUGUAUCAGAUCUUCUGGACUAUAUAACCCCAGAAGCAGAACUAAGAGCAAGAGAAGCCCAAAGAAAACAAGCUCGUGCAAAGGUCAAGAGCAAACCUGGGCAAACCUGGGAAACAGUUGAAGAUGAGUCACCCAAAGAUGAAAACAUAUCACCCAUUUAUCAAGCUGAGAGCAGCAAUGACAAGGAAAAUAAAUCCGAACCUAAUCUUUCUGAGCCUGCACAUGAAAAAGAAGACAAUCUGGGUGUCCAAACCGUAACCAUCCUGAAUGAUGAUCAGUCACAAGAUGACACUUCAGAUGAAGGAUGGCAAGAAGCUGUUCCUAAAAGCCGGUCAACUACAAGCCGCAAGCCUUCUACUUCACGGAGGCCAAGCUUAGCAAAACUCAAUACAAAUUUUGUGAACCAACAACACACUCGAUUUCGAGGGAAGGGUGCAAAUUUUACAUCCCCGAAAACUCCAUCAAAUGAGUCUUCUGUUAUAAGUCCAUCAGUCCCCAAAAAAUUUACCAAGAGUACAAGCUUUAGUCCAAAGCAAAAUAACACGGCCACCUCAGUUGCUGCAACUGAGAAAGUGGUAAAUACCAAGCCUGCACCAGCUAGUCCAGCUUUGAUUGAGCAAAUUCCCAAGUCACCUCCUCUUGCAAGUGCAAUUAAUAUUCAGACAGGUGGAAAACUUUUCUCGUAUAAAGAAGUUGCUCUUGCCCCACCUGGAACAAUAGUUAAGGCAGUUGCAGAACAAUCAAAUAAGGAGGAAAUCACUGGUCCAGAACCAACUCAAUCUGAAGAAAAAGCAUCAGUUGAGUUUACAGAUGAAGAGACAGCUCAGAGGCCUAAGGAUGAGAAAGUGGAAGAAACUACCAGUAAUGAAGAAAGAAAAUCUGGAGAUGGCCCAGAAAAGGUACUGCCAAGUGAAGUUAAAACCGGUACGAUCAAGGAUACAGAGAUUCGGGUCCGAACAAGUGCUGAAGCUGGAAGUUUGAGUACUGUAUUGACCUCAGAUCUGAAGGAUGAUGAAACUUUGGAAAACAGAGACACAGAAAAAACAAAAAGCUCAGAAUCAGAGGCAGCAGGUUUAUUGGACUCUCAGCCUCUUUCAAUUGGAAUCAGCAGUGAAGUAAUACUAGAAAGCGAUGGAAUUCCUUCUACAACAGAAGGGGAGAAACAGGAAGGAGAAGAAAGUGGGAAGGAAUCAACUAAGAAACUUUCUGCAUCAGCCCCUCCUUAUACUCCAUCGACUGUACCAGUUUUUGGGUCUGUGCCAGUUCAAGGUUUCAAAGACCAUGGUGGAAUACUACCCCCACCAGUAAAUAUAACACCUAUGAUGGCUGUUAAUCCUGUCCGUAGAUCACCCCAUCAAUCAGCUACUGCCAGAGUACCUUAUGGCCCACGGUUAUCUGGGAAUUAUAACAGGUCUGGGAACAGGGGGAACCGCCUAAAACCUGGAAUUCACAAUGGAGAACAUAUUGGCGAUGUAAACCACUUCAAUCCUCCUUUAAUAAUGAACCCACAUGCGGCAGAGUUUGUUCCUGUUCCAUCAUGGCUUCCAAAUGGAUACCCUGUAAGCCCAAAUGGUUAUAUGGGUCCAUCAAAUGGGAUGCCAAUAUCUCCAACUGGUUAUGCUACUAUGCCUCCUAAUGGUGUUGCUGCGUCGCCUAAUAAUUACCUUCCCUCCUUAAAUGGCAUUCCAGAGGCUCAAAAUGGGUUCCCUGGAUCUCCUAAUGGUUCUUCGGAGUCCACUGAUGCUGCACCUGUUGAAACUGCUGUUGAAAACACUGAUCAGGUUGUAACUGAAGGACCAUCGGAAAAAUCUUCGUUAGAAACUGCUGCUGAAAACAACCAGGUUGCGAGUCUCGCGACUAAAGAAAAAUUGGAGACCUUUUCGUCCGACACUGCUACUGAAAACAAUGAUCUGGUUGUGACUGAAGAAAUAUCAGAGAACACUUCGUUUGAAACUGCUGCUGAAAACAAUGAUCAGGUUGUGACUGAAGAAAAUUCUGAGAACCCUUUAUUAGAAACAGCUGCCUUGAAUAAGCUAGUAGGGGAGGAAAAACCUGAAGCUGUAAAUGGUAAAACUGGGACUAAAGAGUUUCCUGUUGCAAAAGCAGCUCUAUCUGAUGAUGUUGAUGUGGCUGCCGAAGCAAGAAAUGAGCAUACCAUAGUUGAGAAAAAACCGAGUAAAUGUUGGGGAGAUUACAGUGACAAUGACGUUGAAAUUGUUGAGGUAACUAGUUAAUGAGAUAGUUUUGUUGAUAGAGAGAAUUCUGCAAACACAUUUCGCCACUCGUGAUGUGCAGCAGCAGUCUAACAAGUGAUCAAUAGGAGCAUAUGUUGAAAAGCAGUAUGCUUUUGGUUCAGAUCUGACUUGGUUAUGCAAAGCAUACAUUAUACAGGUGCUUUUGGUUUAUACUUGGAAGUAGUGUAUACCAAGUGUUUCAAGUUCACGAGCAUGCUUGCAAUGGAGGUUCAACCAUACCAUGGCACAAUGGACUGCUCCUUUUUUAUGCUAGACAAUACAAAUAAUCCAAUGUAGUGCAAUUUGUGUAAUAUUUUGUUGAUAGAAAUUGUUUAAUGUACAAGUAGAGAAUAAGAUAGAGCUGGGAAAGAGUCUUACUAUUUUUUUUUUAUUUUUUUUUUAUUUUUUAUUUUUUUUUUGUUUUUUGUUUGCCAAUUUUGCAUUCAUUUUUUCCUCUUCAGCCUCAGGGUGUGGCUGAAGGUCCUUUUGUAAAAGACUUUUUAACAGUGUUAAUAUGCAAUGCUGUGCUUUCAAUUGAACAGUACGUUUUCUGCAAUCA